AAGUGGCCAGAGAGGCCCAGGGGACAGCCAGGGACAGGCCGACAUGCAGCCCAGGCUCCGGGGCCUGGACAGGGGCUGCCCGGCCCCGUGAGCAGAGGACCCCGAGCCCCCGGCCCGGGCAGGGGGCCAUGGUGCUGUCUGCCCGCCAUGUCAGCCGAGGUGCGGCUGAGGCGGCUCCAGCAACUGGUGCUGGACCCCGGCUUCCUGGGGCUGGAGCCCCUGCUCGACCUUCUCCUGGGCGUCCACCAGGAGCUGGGUGCCUCCGACCUGGCCCAGGACAAGUAUGUGGCCGACUUCUUGCAGUGGGUGGAGCCCAUCGCGGCGAGGCUUAAGGAGGCCCGACUGCAGAGGGAUGACUUCGAGAUUCUGAAGGUGAUCGGACGAGGGGCGUUCAGCGAGGUAGCGGUGGUGAAGAUGAAGCAGACGGGCCAGGUGUACGCCAUGAAGAUAAUGAAUAAGUGGGAUAUGCUGAAGAGAGGCGAGGUGUCCUGCUUCCGCGAAGAGCGGGAUGUGUUGGUGAACGGGGACCGGCGCUGGAUCACGCAGCUGCACUUCGCCUUCCAGGAUGAGAAUUACCUGUACCUGGUCAUGGAGUACUACGUGGGCGGGGACCUGCUGACGCUGCUGAGCAAGUUCGGGGAGCGGAUCCCAGCCGAGAUGGCGCGCUUCUACCUGGCCGAGAUUGUCAUGGCCAUAGAUUCGGUGCACCGACUGGGCUAUGUGCACAGGGACAUCAAACCCGACAACAUCCUUCUGGACCGCUGCGGCCACAUCCGCUUGGCCGACUUCGGCUCCUGCCUCAAGCUGCGGCCUGACGGAACCGUGAGGUCGCUGGUGGCUGUGGGCACCCCCGACUACUUGUCCCCAGAGAUCCUGCAGGCCGUGGGCGGUGGGCCAGGGACUGGCAGCUACGGGCCCGAGUGUGACUGGUGGGCAUUGGGCGUGUUCGCCUAUGAAAUGUUCUACGGGCAGACGCCAUUCUACGCCGACUCCACGGCGGAGACGUACGGCAAGAUCGUACACUACAAGGAACACCUGACUAUACCGUUGGCUGACGCCGGAGUCCCUGAGGAGGCUCGUGACCUCAUCCAGCGACUGCUGUGUCCCCCGGAGACACGGCUGGGCCGGAAUGGAGCAGGCGAUUUCCAGAAACAUCCUUUUUUCUUUGGCCUCGAUUGGGAUGGUGUCCGAGACAGCGUGCCUCCCUUCACUCCAGAUUUUGAGGGUGCCACCGACACGUGCAACUUUGAUGUGGUGGAAGACGGGCUCACUGCCAUGGUGAGCGGGGGCGGGGAGACGCUGUCAGACAUGCGGGAGGGUAUGCCGCUAGGGGUCCACCUGCCUUUUGUGGGCUACUCCUACUCCUGCAUGGCCCUCAGGGAUGACGAGGUCCAGGGCCCCACGCUCAUGGAACUGGAGGCUGAGCCAUUGCCUGAGCCACCUGUCCAAGUGCCCAGCCUGGAGCCCAUGGUGCCCCUGUCGGAGGAAACGGCUGAAGUGGCAGUUCCAGCGACCAUCCCAGCGUCUGUGGCAGAGGCCGAGGUGACCUUGCAGGAGCUCCAGGAGGCCCUGGAGGAGGAGAUGCUCACCCGGCAGAGCCUGAGCAGGGAGCUGGAGGCCAUCCGCACGGCCAACCAGAACUUUGCCAGUCAACUCCGUGAGGCCGAGGCCAGGAACCGAGACCUGGAGGCGCACAUCAAGCAGCUGCAAGAGCGGAUGGAGGGGCUGCAGGCGGAGGGAGCCCCAGCUGUCACAGGGGUCCCCAGUCCCCGGGCCACGGAUCCACCUUCCCAUCUAGAUGGCCCCCAGGCCGUGGCUCUGGGCCAGUGCCCACUGGUGGGGCCAGGCCCCAUGCACCGCCGCCACCUGCUGCUCCCUGCCAGGAUCCCUAGGCCUGGCCUAUCGGAGGCGCGUUCCCUGUUCCUGUUCGCCGCUGCUCUGGUUGGUACCACCGCCCUGGGCUGCACUAGGUUGGUGGCCUGCGCAGGAUGUCUCACUCCAGUCUGGUGCCACCCAGGAGCCGCCUUCGCCCCCUGAACUUUAGAACCCCAGCCUGUCCUCCACUCAGGCACUGCCCGAGGGUUGUGACCCAGGCACCACCCAGAAGCCACUCCCACCUCCUCCCCGUUCACACCUCUCCAAGCUCAGCCUUGUGAUCCGGGCCCGCCCCCUGGCGGCCGGGGAGGGAGGAGCUGGGCCCGAGGCCGGAGUGCGGGGCUAAAGGGAGGCUUGUAACCGGGAGUAGUGCUGCUGCUGUUGGGGGUAAUUGUGGAUCACUUCCUCCGGCCUGGCUGAGGCCACGACGUGGAUGGGCAAAAUGUGACCUAGAGAAGGCAGCAGGGCAGAGUUCAGCCAUCCAUUUUUCACCCUUCACUCACCCUACCGACUUCGGCGCAGAAACCACAAAUCCGUAUGCAUGAGGCCCUGCUCCCCUGGCAACAUUCUCUGCGACAGGAGAAUGUGUAGGGAGAGCCCCGCCGCUCUCUCGGGAACCGUUCGCUUUUGCCAGCCCCGCUUUUUCGGGGCUUCCCGCACCUUCCUAAGUGGUUUGGGUAUUUAUUGACCUGACUUCCGACCCGCUGAAGGUUCCAGGACUCCAGCACCCUAAUCCACGUUUUGGAUGCACUGAAACCCUGACCUUCCUCGAUAUUUAUUGUCUCUCCCCACCUAGGACC